UAACAGCUACGACUCUACGAGACUCGAAAACUACGAGAAGACCCCAAAGUCCGAAACCCUUAAUUCUUCAACAUUUCCGCGCUUAAUUCCCCUAAUUUUCCCGCCUUACAACCUCCCAAAAGAUCUGAACCUCAAUACGCCAACUAGCAGAAGAAGUUCUGGUGUUUUAGGUUUCAAAACCAGAGGAGAGAGAGAGAAAGCGCAAAAAUGGGGGCGAUAACAAGGCAGGAUGUGAGCAAGGAGUUCAAGAUUCGGCGCUACAGUAUUCAAGCUGCUGCUCUUCAAGAGGUACUAUCUUUCGUCAAUCGCCAAGAAAUUGAUGAUCCUCACGAAGCUUUGGAACUUCUCCUCGACCUCCUUGACCAAGAGCCUUUGAAAUCAUCAAAUGUGGAUAAGGAGACUAUUAGUCGAGUGAUUUCUGAAAUGCUUGAUGUUGACGAAGUUUCUCCCUCGCAUUCUCAUUUGCGAUUUAUUGACGCUUUUGUUGUUCCCAAAUUUCGAUUCGAUCCUACUCGGAAGAUUUUUUAUGAGUGCACGGGGGCACUUCCUAUCCAUGGUAAAGCGCCUGCUAAGGCAGGUUUAUAUAGAGAUAGAUUUGAGCUAUUGGCACAGAAACUUGCUCGUCAUCCACAUUUCUCAAAACCUGCAUUUGAAACUGAAACUUCAAAUUUUGGAUGCUGUGAGAUAGUUCCCAUUCAGAACCUAAAUUGGCAAACAGGGAGAAGGUGGAUAAUGGGUGUAAUAUCUCAGCUGGAAGAUGGACAUUUCUACCUAGAAGAUCUCACAGCUUCCGUGGAAGUUGAUUUAUCGAGCGCAAAGGUAACCACCGGGUUCUUUACAGAGAAUACAAUAGUGGUAGCUGAAGGUGAGAAGCUUCCUAAUGGUAUAUUUAAGGUCAAUACAUGUGGCUUCCCUCCCAUAGAGAACAGAGAAGAGAGUCUCUCAUUUGUAUCGGGACUGGAUUUUUUUGGUUGCGGAACAUUCACGAGUGAGGAGACGAGAAAACUAGCAGAUAUGGAAAGGAAGGCAGUUAAUGACAUGUUUGUGGUACUUUCUGACAUAUGGUUAGAUGACGAAGAGACUAUGGAAAAACUUAAAGAAGUUCUGGAGGGGUAUGAGUCCGUGGAGGUGGUUCCUUCUUUGUUCAUCUUCAUGGGGGAUUUCUGUUCUUCCCCCUGUAACCUAUCAUUUCAUUCGUUUGGUUCACUUAGAUCACAGUUUGGGAAACUUGGGAAAAUGAUUUCAGAAUACCCUCGACUACAGGAGCAAAGUCGGUUUCUGUUUAUUCCCAGCCCUGAUGAUGCAGGUCCUUCGUCUGUUCUUCCAAGGUGUGCUCUUCCAAAGUAUUUAACAGAAGAGCUUCAGAAGGAAAUUCCAAAUGCUCUAUUCAUGAGCAAUCCUUGCAGAAUAAAGUAUUACUCCCAAGAAAUUGUAAUAUUUCGUCGGGACCUCUUGUAUAGAAUGCGACGAUCAUGCCUGAUUCCCCCUUCAACUGCUGAAACCAGCGACCCCUUUGAUCAUUUGGUUGCUACAAUUGUCCACCAAAGUCAUCUGUGCCCUCUUCCUCUGACAAUCCAACCGAUCAGCUGGAAUCACGAUCAUUGUCUCAAUCUGUAUCCAACCCCUCAUACGAUAAUUUUAGGGGAUAGAAGUGAGCAAAAGUCAUUCAAAUACGGAGGAGUUACAUGUUUCAAUCCUGGAUCCUUCUCAAAUGACCACACCUUUGUGGCGUACCGUCCUUGUAACCACGAAGUUGAGUUGUCUGCUAUUUAACCUUCUUUUUAACCGGAAAAACUAACAUGAAUAAUCCGAAUUUUUUACCAUCUAUAGCAACCCACAUUUGGGGGUCAAAUUCUCAUGUUAAUUUCAUAGUUUUAGUUUAACUUUUUUUUCCCAUUGAUAUUCGUGUUACUGCCCCUCAGAGAAAGCGGCAAACACCUAUUCAAUGUGCAUGUAUCUUGUAAUCUCUAGCAGAAAAGAGUUAAAGAUGUGUAAUUGUGUAUUAUGUAUUUAUGUACCAACAAUUUGUGUUUAACGAAGAAUUAUAUCUUAAUCCCUAA